ACCUGGUGGCCACUGUCAAGGCGGAAGACCAGGGGAGAGAGAGCAAUUGAGGACGGAGAGGAAAGUUGGGAAGGAGAGUGAGGGAGGAGAUCAGGGGAGGUGAGUUAGGGAGGUGAGCAGCUCAACGACUCACUGCCUCACUGCCUCACUCACCAGACCACGAGGAGGAGGGGAAAGAGGAGGAAGAAGAGGAGUCACACCCUUGCAAGGAGACAUAUAAAGAGUGUGCGCUGGGAAAGGAAGGCAGUGCAAAUACAGACGUCGAGCACCACCACCACCGCCACCACCACCACCAUGGAGACAGCGAGCGGGCACAAGAUGGUACGCCUAGAGGGGGAGGACUUGGCGCGGCAGGAGCGGGACUUCAAGGGCUACUCGGAGGGAAUGGUUCGCCUCACCCCUGGCAGGUGGCUCUUCCCCGCUAUCUUCGAGCAGUACGCUGACAAGUACUACACGUUUGAGCUGAAGCCAAGUGACGUAAUGCUGGUGACGUACCCCAAGUGUGGCACCACGUGGCUGCAGGAGGUGGUGUGGACCAUGAGGAACAACCCCAACCUGGACAACCCCAAGGCCAACAUGCCCAUCAACGUCAGGGUGCCCUUCCUCGAGAUGGACAUCCUUCUCAGCAGCAGGAACCUGCCGGCCAUUACCCCAGACAACCCCAUCAUACAGGGAUUCAAAAAGAUGUGUCCAGGACGUGACCCCAAAGACGGUAUUUUCCUGCAGAUGACUGAGUUGGCACCCUCCCCCCGGACCAUGAAGACUCACCUCCCACUCUCCCUGCUGCCUCAGAACCUCCUUACCACCAGCAAGGCAGUGUACAUCGCCCGGAACCCCAAGGAUGCUGUGCUCUCCUUCUACCACCACAGCCGCAUCUUGAAGAACCACGGAUACACGGGCACCUUUGAGCAGUUUGUACAGUACUUCUUGGAUGACGACUUCAUGUAUGGACCCUACUGGCUACACCUGAAGGAGGCACUGGAGCAGCGUGACAACCCUAACCUGCACGUCAUGUUGUACGAGGACUUGAAGCAGAACACACUCCACGAACUCAAGCGACUCAAUGACUUCCUGGGGACUGAGUUGACUGAGGACCAGCUAAAGGGCGUGGCUCACUACACCAGCUUCCCAGAGAUGAAGGCUCGUAAUGCACUUUUUGGCGAAGGUGGAGAAAUCUUUCUAAAUCUUGGUAUUAUAGAGAAAGAUGGAGGCUUCUUCAGAAAAGGAACAGUUGGUGACUGGAAGGGCAAGUACACACCAGAGCUGGAUGCCAAGAUGGAUGAAUGGAUCAAGACCAACCUGGCAGACCUCGACAUCCAGUUCAAAUAUGGACUGUGAGAGGUGCUCGACAUGCAUAAUAAUAAUUUCCAAUUUUUCUUAAUAUUUAGAUAGAUUAAAUGUUAGAUUCUUUAUAACUCUUCCUGAAUCUGUUGCUUUCCAUCAUCCUGUCUUUUAACUAGUGGUGUUUUUCCUCUUGUUCUUUUUACUCCUAUUAAUCACCAAAAUAUACUAAUAGGAAAGAAUUAAAAAAUAUAUAUAUAUUAUUAUUAGAAAAACAGAUGCACUUAUUUUUCUUUUUAUAUAAAUUUACACUACUGUGGUACUGUAUUUAAAUUAGAUGGUAUUUAUGAUUGUGAUUUGCAUGCUUCUUACCAAAGUUUUGUGUGCUGUACUCGGUUCUAAAAAUAAACAGAUGAAAGUU